UGGUAAUGGCAAGUCUGCCUUAGCCAAUACUUUAGUUAAUAGGGAAGGCGAAUUUAAACAAAUAUUUAAAGAAGGUACUGGUAGCGUUAGCGAAACAAGAGAAUCCCAAAGUGAAAUUUUUGAAUGGAAUGGUUUUCAUUAUCGUUUGGUCGAUACAAUCGGACUAGGUGACACUAAAUUAUCUAAUAAAGAUGUUCUUUAUAGUAUAGCAAAAACUAUUGGUAUGAUGAAAGAAGGUAUAAGUCAUCUUUUAUUUAUUGUCGAUGGCAAGUUUAACGAAGAUGAAAAGAAAAAUUUUAGAUUAUUAAAGGAAGUUAUGUUUGAAAGUCGUAUUAGUAAUUAUACUACAAUUGUGAGAACUCGUUUUGAGAAAUUUAGAAAUAGAAAGGAUUGUGAUCUAGAUAAGAAAAAUUUAUUUAGUGAAAGUAAAGAUAUCGCUGAAAUAAUUUGGGCAUGCAAUGGGCUAAUUCAUGUGGAUAACCCUUCAUUAGAUAUUAGUUCUGAUGAUGACAUUGAUGAAGAUGAAAGACAAUUGAGAAUUCUUGUUAGAAAAAAAGAUAAAAUCAAAUCAAGAGAAAAAUUACUUAAUCAUUUAAGAGAUAAUUAUAUAGGGAAUUAUAAAUUAAGUUCUUGGGAUAAAAUGUAUCUUAGAAUUAAUAAUUAUCUUGAAAAAUGCGAUGAAAGAAAUCAUGAUGAAGAAGAAACUAUUACUAUUGAAUUAGCUGCGAUUCUUUAUAAAGAGGUACCUUCAUUCAUCAAAACACAACAAGGUUCAUCUGAGAAAUCUUUGUGGUGUCAAAUACUUUAG